GAUUUCUCAAAACUACAUAGUUACCCUCCGCCCAUGACGAUUGAAGAGAUGAAUUCCAAUGAAAAAACAGAAAAACCAUUUGUUUCAUAUGCUAGCUAUUUGUUGCCUGAAGAAGACGAACAAUGGGAAGAUGAUAUUUCGAAGAAUCCUACUGGAUCGUUAACAAAAAUAAUGGCACCCUUUGCAAAAAGGUCGUUCUCAACUCCACAAUCCACAUCUCCUCUAAGCAAUCUGAUUAAGUCUGCUGAAAGUAAAACAAGUCAAAACCCUAUUUUCAAGGUAGAAAUAGAAUGCUCCCCGAAUACACCUAUAGAAACGGUUAUUGAUGACAUCGGGCGUUCGUUAAAUAGUGCGGCUUACCUACUUGAUAUAGAAAGGAUCAAACAGGGAGAUUUUGUGUUGCACGAGGAUACAUUGGAAUGGGAGGAUUGUACUGAUUUCGAUAAUAUUUACGAUUCCAUGAAUGAUUGGAUCAGGAAGGCUAGAAAACGAGAACUGGAGCGACAAUUGAGAUGA